AUGGCGGCGUCAAGGAAAAAGUGGACGGAACGUGAUACUGUAAGUUUCGUGGAACUGUAUGAAGAAGAACAAGUGUUGUGGAACGUGCGUCUCAAAGACUAUAAAAACAAAGAUGCUCGGAAUGCCGCUAUUCAGCGCAUUAUAUAUAACCUCAAUAUGGAGGUUACAAUUCAAGAGGAGAAUUCAGAUAACAGCUCUUCAGAUCCAGACGUUCCAGCCGCACCUUCACCAGACAUUCCAGCCGCAUCUUCACCAGACAUUCCAGCCGCACCUUCACCAGACAUUCCAAUCGCCCCUUCACCAGACAUUCCAAUCGCCCUUUUACCAGACAUUCCCAUCGCCCCUUCACCAGAUAUUCUCGCCGAACCUUCAUCGGACAUACCAGGACCUCUUCCGCCACCGGCAGAUCUUCAAACGCCAUCAUCUUCCCAGCAGUUAAAUAGUGAAAUAUUCGUUAAGCCACAAAAUACUAUCAAGAAGAAGCGACCUCUUAAACGACCAUUAGUACCUCAAAAUAUCGAGAAGUCUAUUGAAACACUUAAUAGUAUCAAGGACCAAGUACUGUGUCAUAAAGAAAUAGAAGAUGAAUUCUCCCUUUUCCCCAAAAAUAUCGCCAGCCAGCUCCGACAAUUGCCCCUAAUAGAUGCUCUAGAUGUUCAGUUUGAAAUAAUAGAAAUAGUAAAACGGAAAGGAAUAAAUCGAAUGCAAUUGGAAAGCAAUUCUACGACAUCGAAUGAAUAUACAUUUGAAAUACCAGAACAUUUAUUCAUUAAUCUUGAAUCUCAGAUUCAUAUUGAACGUGACGCAACAAGGCAAGAAUCAUCACAACUCGUUCUAGAAAAUGAUGCAUUACAAGAGGAAGGCAUAGAAGUUCAGAUCCAACGUGAUGCAACAAGCCAAGAAACAUCACCAGAAUUUGUAGUAGAUGAUCAAUUACAAGAAGCAAUUCGAAGCAUUGGUGGGAUUCAAAAUAAUGAGAAUUAUCGCUAUUUUGCUAAACAAUAA